UGCUUGGGAGGAGCCAGCAGCCCCCCUGCAGCUGAGGGAGAGCUGUACCGAGGGGGCUGUAGUCGCUGCCGCCAUCGGGAGAGGCAGAGCGGCCGGAGCUUGGAUGCAACUGAGAAAAAGUCCCCAAGUGAACUUCUGGAGAGACUGAGUUCUCCAAAGGACGCGAUGAAAUGGAUUCGCGCACACGAAGCCUCACAUCACCAACAGCAGGCAGCACAGAACAGUUUGUUGCCUCUCCUGAGCUCUGCUGUUGAGCCACCUGAUCAGAAGCCGAUUCUGCCCUUACCAAUAACGCAGAAACCUCAGCCUGCACCAGAAACAUUAAAGGAUGCUAUUGUUGGGAUUAAAAAGGAAAAACCUAAAACCUCCUUUGUGUGCACUUACUGCAGCAAAGCUUUCAGGGACAGCUACCAUUUGAGGCGUCACGAGUCCUGCCACACAGGGAUAAAGUUAGUGUCACGGCCAAAGAAAACUCCCACCACAAUGGUGCCCCUUAUCUCGACCAUCGCUGGUGACAACAGCCGAAGUUCGCUGGUUUCGACUAUCGCAGGCAUCCUGUCCACAGUCACUACGUCUUCCUCCGCCACCAACCCCAGCAGUAGUGCCAGCGCAACAGCCAUGGCAGUGACUCAGACGGUGAAGAAGCCCAGCAAGCCCGUGAAGAAGAACCACGCUUGUGAGAUGUGCGGAAAGGCCUUCAGGGACGUCUACCACCUCAACCGGCACAAGCUGUCCCACUCGGAUGAAAAGCCCUUUGAAUGUCCAAUUUGCAAUCAGCGCUUCAAGAGAAAGGAUCGCAUGACCUACCACGUGAGGUCUCACGAAGGUGGCAUCACGAAACCAUACACCUGUGGUGUUUGUGGAAAAGGCUUCUCGAGGCCUGAUCAUUUAAGCUGUCACGUUAAACAUGUUCACUCAACAGAGAGACCCUUCAAAUGCCAAACGUGCACUGCUGCCUUUGCCACCAAAGACAGACUGCGGACACACAUGGUGCGCCAUGAAGGAAAGGUAUCGUGUAAUAUCUGUGGUAAACUUCUGAGUGCAGCAUAUAUCACCAGCCACUUAAAGACACACGGGCAGAGCCAAAGUAUCAACUGUAAUACCUGUAAACAAGGCAUCAAUAAAACAUGCAUGAGUGAAGAGACCAGCAAUCAGAAGCAGCAACAGCAGCAGCAGCAACAACAACAACAACAGCAGCAGCAGCAACAGCAGCAGCAGCAGCAGCAGCAGCAGCAUGUAACAAGUUGGCCUGGAAAGCAGGUAGAGACCCUGAGAUUGUGGGAAGAGGCCGUCAAAGCAAGGAAGAAAGAAUGUCAGUUCACCUUUGAGAAGGCUAUAGAGUACGUACCAUUCGAAGCUGCUAACUUGUGCCAAACCUCCACUGCUGCUACUACGCCUGUGACUCUUACUACUCCAUUCAAUAUAACGUCCUCUGUGGCUUCUGGGACUAUCACAAACCCAGUCACAGUGGCAGCUGCAAUGAGCAUGAGAAGUCCAGUAAAUGUAUCAAGUGCAGUUAAUAUAUCCAGUCCGAUGAACCUAGGGCAUCCUGUAACUAUAACAAGUCCAUUAUCCAUGACAUCUCCAUUAACGCUCACCACACCAGUCAAUUUACCCACCCCAGUAACCGCUCCAGUGAACAUAGCACAUCCAGUCACUAUAACAUCUCCCAUGAACCUCCCCACGCCCAUGACGCUAGCUGGUCCGUUAAAUAUAGCGAUGAGACCGGUGGAGAGCAUGCCUUUCCUGCCCCAGGCCUUGCCCACGUCUCCUCCCUGGUAAAGAAUUUCUAAACAGUAUUAAAAAGGAUUAAAAUGGAA